CCCCGCCAGCUCCUGGUGGUUUCCUAGAAACAUGAUUGAUUGUUGGACUUGAUCUCACAGCCCAGUGAGGACUUGUUUACUGAUAAUGUCAAGUUCAGGUUAUCCUCCCAACCAAGGAACAUUCAGCACGGAACAAAGUCAUUAUCCUCCCCACUCUGUCCAGUACACCUUUCCCAGCACCCGCCACCAGCAGGAGUUUGCAGUCCCUGAUUAUCGUUCCUCUCAUCUUGAAGUCAGCCAGGCAUCACAGCUCUUGCAGCAACAGCAGCAGCAGCUCCGGAGCUGGCCUUCCUUGCUUUCAGAACUUCACCCAGGUUCUGACAGGCCUCAAGAAAGGAGAACUGGAUAUGAACAGUUUCAUCCAGGCCCAUCCCCAGUGGAACAUGAUUCACUGGAAUCCAAGCGACCGCGUCUGGAGCAGGUUUCUGAUUCCCAUUUUCAGUGAGUCAGUGCUGCGGUUUUACCUUUAGUGCACACGCUGCCAGAAGGAUUGAGGUCUUCUGCAGAUGCUAAGAAGGAUCCAGCGUAUGGCGGCACACAUGAUGCUCCAUCCUCUCCGAUCUCUGGGCAGCCCUGUGGAGAUGAUCAAAAUGCUUCACCUUCAAAGCUUUCAAAAGAAGAGUUAAUACAGAGUAUGGACCGUGUAGAUAGAGAAAUCGCAAAAGUCGAACAGCAAAUCCUUAAACUGAAAAAGAAACAACAACAGCUGGAAGAGGAAGCAGCCAAACCUCCUGAACCUGAGAAGCCUGUGUCUCCUCCUCCAGUGGAGCAGAAACACCAGAGCAUCGUCCAGAUUAUUUAUGAUGAGAAUCGGAAAAAAGCAGAAGAAGCUCAUAAAAUAUUUGAAGGUCUUGGCCCAAAAGUUGAACUGCCACUCUAUAACCAGCCAUCAGAUACCAAGGUGUACCAUGAGAACAUCAAGACUGGAGUACCUGCAAGGCGCAUGAUGAAAAACCAGGUGAUGAGGAAAAAAUUCAUUUUAUUUUUUAAAAGAAGAAAUCAUGCAAGAAAACAAAGGGAACAAAAAAUCUGCCAACGUUAUGAUCAGCUCAUGGAGGCGUGGGAGAAAAAAGUGGACAGAAUAGAAAAUAAUCCUCGGAGGAAAGCUAAAGAAAGCAAAACAAGAGAGUACUAUGAAAAGCAAUUUCUAGAAAUUCGAAAACAAAGAGAACAGCAAGAAAGAUUUCAACGAGUUGGGCAAAGGGGAGCUGGUCUUUCAGCCACCAUUGCUAGGAGUGAGCAUGAGAUUUCUAAAAUUAUUGAUGGUCUCUCUGAACAGGAGAAUAAUGAGAAACAAAUGCAGCAACUCUCUGUGAUCCCCCCUAUGAUGUUUGAUGCAGAACAAAGAAGGGUCAAGUUCAUCAACAUGAAUGCGCUUAUAGAGGACCCUAUGAAAGUUUAUAAAGAUAGGCAGUUUAUGAAUGUUUGGACUGACCAUGAGAAGGAGAUCUUCAAAGACAAGUUUACUCAGCAUCCUAAAAACUUUGGACUAAUUGCAUCUUACUUGGAAAGGAAGAGUGCUCCUGAUUGUGUUUUAUAUUACUAUUUAACCAAGAAAAAUGAGAAUUAUAAAGCCCUAGUCAGAAGAAAUUAUGGAAAACGAAGAGGGAGAAACCAGCAGCAAAUUGCCCGACCGUCACAAGAAGAAAAAGUUGAAGAAAAAGAAGAGGAUAAAACAGAAAAAAAAAAAAAAACAGAAAAAAAAGAAGAAGAAAAGAAAGAUGAAGAAGAAAAAGAUGAGAAGGAGGACUCUAAAGAAAAUGUCAAGGAAAAGGAUAUGGAAGGUACAGCAGAAGAAACUGAGAAGAGGGAACAGGCCACACCCCGGGGGUGAAAAACUGCCAACAGUCAGGGCCGCCGGAAGGGCCGGAUCAUCAGGUCCAUGACCAACGAAGCUGCAGCCGCCAGUGCUGCGGCCGCAGCAGCCACUGAAGAACCCCCUCCGCUUCUGCUGCCGCCACCAGAACCCAUUUCCACAGAGCCUGUGGAAACUUCUCGAUGGACAGAAGAAGAAAUGGAAGUUGCUAAAAAAGGUCUGGUUGAACAUGGUCGUAACUGGGCAGCAAUUGCCAAAAUGGUAGGGACUAAAAGUGAAGCCCAGUGUAAAAACUUCAAUUUUAACUAUAAAAGGCGGCAUAAUCUUGACAACCUCUUGCAGCAUCAUAAACAGAAAGCCCCACGGAAACCUCGGGAAGAGCGAGAUGUGUCUCAGUGUGAAAGUGUCGCUUCCACUGUUUCUGCUCAGGAGGAUGAGGAUAUUGAAGCCUCCAAUGAGGAAGAGAAUCCAGAAGAGAGCGAAGUUGAAGCUGUCAAGCCCGGGGAAGACAGCACUGAAAAUGCUCCAUCGCGAGGAAACCCUGAGCCCGCGGCUGAGCUCGAGUCCUGUACGGAAACAGCUGCACCUGGUGCAUCUCCCUCCUCAGCAGCUCCAAGCACAAAACCCGCUGAGAAUGAAAGUGUGGAGACCCAGACCAACGGCACCGUCAGAACUGAGACGGCAGAGCCGAUGGACACAGACCAUCAGGAAUGCAGCACUGAAGCAGCUUCUGCUCUUGAUACCCCAACCACUACCAAAGCAGACUCUGUGGAUGUUGAAAUUAGGGUGCCAGAAAACAAUGCUUCUAAAGUGGAAGGUGAUACCAAAGAAAGAGACUUGGAGAGAGCCAGUGAAAAGACGGAGCCUAGAGAUGAAGACUUGGGGGUGGCCCAGCAGAUCGAUGCCCAGCGGCCCGAGCCCCUCAAUGAUUCCAGUGCCACAUGCAGUGCUGAUGAAGAUGUGGAUGGAGAGCCAGAGAGGCAAAGAAUAUUUCCUCUGGAUUCAAAGCCUUCAUUAUUAAACCCCACUGGAUUUAUAUUGGCCUCCUCCCCAAUAAAACCAGAUCCGUUAGACCUGCCUCCGCUUCAGCAUCGAGCUGCUGUUAUCCCAUCAAUGGUUUCCUGCACCCCAUGUAAUAUACCAGUUGGAACCCCAGUGAGUGGCUGUGCUCUCUACCAGUGACACAUUAAAGCAAUGCAUGAAUCAGCACUGCUGGAGGAACAGCGGCAGAGGCAGGAGCAGAUCGAUUAGGAAGGCAGAAGUUCUACAAGUCUAUGUGGUGCUGCCAAAAGUCCAAACAGAGAGUGGGAAGUCCUCCAGCCUGCUCCUCAUCAAGUGAUAACUAAUCUUCCUGAAGGGGUUCGGCUUCCAACAACUCGACCAACCAGGCUACCACCACCCCUCAUCCCAUCGUCCAAAACCACAGUGGCUUCCGAAAAACCAUCUUUCAUCAUGGGAGGCUCCAUCUCACAGGGAACGCCUGGCACAUAUCUGACGUCUCAUAAUCAGGCUUCCUGUGCUCAAUAGGCAGCUAAGCCCUCGGUGGGAUCCAUCUCUCUUGGACUGCCGCAGCAACAGGAGUCCUCCAAAUCAGCUGCUUUGCCCUACAUCAAGCAGGAAGAAUUUUCUCCGCGAAGCCAAAAUUCCCAACCUGGGGGUUUAUUGGUCAGGGCCCAGCAUGAAGGUGUGGUCAGAGGUACCACAGGAGCCAUCCAAGAGGGAAGUAUAACUAGGGGAACUCCAACCAGCAAAGUCUCAGUGGAGAGCAUCUCAUCCCUGCGGGGCUCCAUCACUCAGGGUACCCCGGCUCUGUCCCAGGCUGGCAUACCAGCCGAUGCGCUGGUGAAGGGAUCCAUUUCUCGAAUGCCCAUUGAAGAGAGCAGUCCUGAGAAAGGCAGAGAAGAAGCUGCAUCCAAAGGCCAUGUUAUUUAUGAAGGCAAAAGUGGACAUAUCUUAUCCUAUGAUAAUAUUAAGAAUGCCCGAGAGGGGACUAGGAGUCCAAGAACAGCUCAUGAAAUCAGUUUAAAAAGAAGCUAUGAAUCAGUGGAAGGAAAUAUAAAGCAAGGAAUGUCAAUGAGGGAGUCUCCUGUAUCAGCACCGUUAGGGGGGCUGAUAUGCCGAACAUUACCCAGAGGGAGCCCUCAUUCUGACCUCAAUGAGAGGACUGUGCUGUCUGGCUCCAUAAUGCAAGGCACACCAAGAGCAACAACUGAAAGCUUUGAAGAUGGCCUUAAAUAUCCCAAACAAAUUAAAAGGGAAAGUCCUCCCAUAAGAGCAUUUGAAGGAGCCAUUACCAAAGGCAAACCAUAUGAUGGCAUCACCACCAUCAAGGAGAUGGGGCGUUCCAUUCACAAGAUCCCACGGCAAGAUAUUUUAACUCAGGAGAGCUGGAAGACUCCAGAAGUAGUCCAGAGCACGAGGCCCAUAAUUGAAGGUUCCAUUUCCCAGGCCACACCAAUAAAGUUUGACAGCAACUCAGGUCAAUCUGCCAUCAAACACAACGUCAAAUCUUUGAUCACGGGGCCUAGUAAACUACCCCGCGGAAUGCCUCCAUUGGAGAUUGUGCCAGAGAACAUAAAAGUGAUGGAACGGGCAAAAUACGAAGACGUAAAGACAGGCGAGCCAGUGCGUUCCCGGCACACAUCCGUGGUGAGCUCGGGCCCCUCCGUUCUCAGGUCCACACUUCACGAAGCUCCCAAAGCACAGCUGAGCCCGGGCAUUUAUGACUACACCAGUGCUCGGAGGACUCCCGUGAGUUACCAAAACACCAUGUCCAGAGGCUCACCCAUGAUGAGCAGAGCUUCCGAUGUUACAAUUUCUUCUAGCAAGUCUACCAAUCAGGAAAGGAAAUCCACACUGACUCCUACCCAAAGGGAAAGUAUACCAGCGAAGUCUCCAGUGCCUGGGGUGGACCCUGUUGUGAGCCACAGCCCAUUUGACCCCCAUCACAGGGGCAGCACCGCAGGAGAGGUCUACCGGAACCAUCUGCCCACGCAUUUGGAUCCAGCCGAGCCAUUCCACAGGGCUCUGAACCCUGCAGCUGCUGCUUACCUGUUUCAGAGACAGCUCUCACCAACUCCAGGCUACCCAAGUCAGCAUCUGCUGUAUGCAAUGGAGAAUACAAGACAGACAAUCUUAAAUGAUUACAUUACCUCACAGCAGAUGCAGGUGAACUUGCGCCCUGAUGUAGCCAGAAGACUCUCCCCAAGAGAACAGCCACUGGGUCUCCCAUACCCACCAACAAAAGGAAUCAUUGACCUGACCAAUAUGCCUCCAGCAAUUUUAGUGCCUCACCCCAGGGGAACAAGCACUCCUCCCAUGGGCAGAAUCACAUAUAUUCCUGGUACACAGAUUACUUUCCCUCCCAGGCCGUACAACCCUGCGUCUAUGUCUCCUGGACACCCAACACACCUUGCUGCAGCCUCAAGUGCUGAGCGGGAACGAGAGCGAGAGAAAGAGGGAGAGAGGGAGAGGGAGAAAGAGCGGGAACAGGAACGAGAGCGGGAGCGCAUCGCAGCAGCCUCCUCUGACCUCUACCUGCGUCCAGGCUCAGAGCAGCCCGGCCGGCCUGGCAGUCACGGAUAGGCUCGCUCCCCGUCCCCAUCAGUAAGAGCUCAGGAGACCAUGUUGCAGCAGAUAAAAAAAAAAAGAAGAAGAAGAAGAGUUCCAUUGUUCUACUCAGAUGAACUUGCUGAUAUCCAGAGGGACUUCCAGAGUCCUAAAUUCAAUGAACAUUUUUUAUUUUACUUCAGCUCUUCCAGAGUUGCACUGUGUAGAAGUACCUCUUCACAUCACUUCAUCGCUCAUGAAGUGUCACUGUGUCAGCUGCUUUCUGGGCAGAAGCCAAGCACUUCUGCAAGCUGA